AAACAAAACCAAAAAAAAACUGAUAUAUUUCCUCCCCUUUGCUUAGCCCCAGGAAAACAUAACGCUGUACUAUUUCUGGAUACUAGAAAAAAAAAAGGGCCUCCCUUUGAAAGCAGCAGGCUGUGCGUUCUUAAUGACAUCACUUUGCAUUCUAAUGUUGUGUGCUUGAUGUUAACAUGUCAGUGCAUAUAUUUUGUUCUUUUUUUUUUUUUUCCUCUUCCAUGCUGCAAGGCGCUGGGACAUUCCCAUCACAAAGCCACAUCUCUCACCGUCUCUCUUACACAGCACAUUGAUUCCAGACAAGCUGCAGGUUUCUAAGAAGAGCACCGAGGCUCAAUAAAAAAAAACCAGAAGACAGGACCUAACGAGCGAGACGCACAAAAAAAAGGAGGAAAAAAUAAAAAAAAUUCCCGGUUCAUGGUUUUGGAAUAACCCCUUCGCUGGCUGGAAUUAGACAUCAUCUCGAGGAUGGAGAAUGGCAGCAGAUGCUCUAGAAGAAUCGCUUAUUUAUUCUGGCUGUUAUUUUUCAUUCUGUUGGAGAACGGGGUCGAUGGAAAGAAGCCGACGAGGUCUAAAUGCCCCACCUGGUGUACCUGCACUAAGGACAAUGCCUUGUGCGAAAACGCCAAAACAAUUCCUCGACCCUUCCUACCCGAUGUUAUCACACUAUCACUUGUAAGAUCUGAAUUCACGGAAAUCCCCGAGGGGAGUUUUUUACACGUACCGUCUCUGCAGAUCAUAAUGUUCACGUCAAACACUUUCGAUGCCAUACGUGACGAUGCGUUCACCGGACUCCCUCACCUCGAAUACUUAUUUAUAGAAAACAACAAAAUUAAGUCGAUUUCAAGAAACGCUUUUCGAGGCCUGAAGUCUCUAGUUCACCUGAGCUUAGCAAAUAAUAACCUACAAUCAAUCCCUAAGGAUGUUUUUAAAGGUUUGGAUUCACUAAGGAUUGUAGACCUCCGGGGCAAUUCUUUUCACUGCGACUGCAAACUGAAAUGGUUAGUGGAGUGGCUGGAUAAAACUAAUGCAACAGUGGAGCAAAUUUACUGUGAAAGCCCCCCAGAAUAUAAAGGGCGUAAAAUCAACAGUCUGUCUCCUAAGGAUUUUGACUGUAUAACUACAGAAUUUGCAGCGUAUAAGUCCUUACCGUAUCAGUCUCUGUCGGUGGACACUUUCACGUACAUGAAUGAUGAAUACGUUGUGAUUGCGCAACCGUUCACCGGAAAAUGCAUUUUCUUGGAAUGGGACCACGUGGAGAUGUCUUUCAGGAACUACGACAACAUCACAGGCACAUCUACCGUGGUCUGCAAGCCGAUAAUUAUUGAGAAACAGCUGUAUGUUAUCGUCGCCCAGUUGUUCGGUGGCUCUCACAUUUACAAAAGAGAUAUCUUUGCAAACAAAUUCAUUAAGAUCCAAGACAUCGAGAUCCUUAAAAUCCGAAAGCCAAACGAUAUCGAAACGUUUCGAAUUGACGACAACUGGUACUUUGUGGUGGCCGACAGCUCGAAGGCCGGUUUCACGACCAUCUACAAAUGGAACGGCAAUGGGUUUUACUCUCACCAGUCCGUGCACGCGUGGUACCGGGACACCGACGUGGAUUACCUGGAGAUAGCCAACAAACCCCAUUUAAUUCUGUCGAGCAGCUCCCAGCGCCCAAUUAUUUACCAGUGGAACAAGAAAACCAAUGAGUUUUUUAAGCACAUAGAAAUUCCGGACACGGAGGAUGUGUACGCGGUGAAGCACUUCUCGGUCAAAGACGACGUCUACCUUUGUCUCACCAGGUUCAUUGGCGAUUCCAGGGUGAUAAAAUGGGAAGGGGGCUCGACGUUUCAGGACGUGCAACGGAUGCCAUCCCGCGGGUCCAUGGUCUUCCAGCCGAUCCAAAUCAACAGUCACAAGUAUGCCAUCCUGGGGAGCGAUUAUUCUUUCUCCCAAGUCUUCCACUGGGAUUCGGAGAAGGGAAAGUUUGUUAAGUUCCAAGAGUUGAACAUCCAGGCUCCGCGGUCCUUCACGCACGUCUCCAUAGACAAACGCGACUUCCUCUUUGCCGCGAGCUUUAAGGGAACUACACAGAUUUAUGAACAUGUUAUAAUUGACCUGAGCGCAUAACCCUUCACGUUUGAAAUAAGAGACAUUGUAAAUGGACCCGAUGAACUAAAUGCAUGGUAACUCUUUAUCGUAUCAUACUUCUGGGGGACCAGCUUUUAUAGGGAACCUGUCGGCCAAACGAUGGUUGAGACACGGAGUCACAUGUUGUCAGUGUAACCAAUGCUUUGGGUUUUGGUGUUUAGGAUUUAGAGCGGAUGUAAUUAGGCCAAGCCUCAAGAAUGGGGUAGAGGGCUCCACAAAGCUCUUAGGCAUCCUUGAGGCAUCAGAAAUUGACAUUGAGGGUAAUAAAUACCCCAGGUUGUCUAGAUUAACCCUUUAAGGACAAUGGGCGGUCCCUAAACCCAUUGAAAACAAUGCAUUUUGAGCCCGUACAUGUACGGGCUUUGUCAUUAAGGGGUUAACAUCCAUGACAUUCAAAUCAAAUUAUAUAUUUUAAUAAUAGACUUCCCUAUCAUUCUCACCGUAAGACUUUUUGCAGUUUGGCAGUCUAGAUCCUCAGUGAGUUCGCUAACAUGACCUCAUAUGCAAAGCAGCAACUGCUCCAUAUUUGCAUAUAAGGUCCGGUUCGUGCUGUCAGCGUGAGAGUUUUAAAAUAGUUUUUUAAAUGUUUCUUUUUUGUCGAUCUAUACACCCGCUUUGAAUUUCUGCUCGCGCAGCAUGCAAUGUAUGAUCUACACACCCACUUCAGCAUUGUUUAGGGGACAGGUUCAUUUUAAAGGCCGAACGUUCUUAAAAAAGAAGCAUCUUGUAACUUUAUCAAUUGUCAUGUCUAGUGAUUUUUUUUUGGGGGGGGGUCAACUUUUUAAAACAAUAGUUUACUGGUCCUCGCAAUUAACAGUUUGUACAUAUUCAUUCAAUUGCAUUUGUUCAUCUAAAGAGAGAAAUAUAAAUAUAUGUACUUUUUCCAUUUAUUUAUUCACCUGUUUAAAAGAAAACUGCCAAAUAAACUGUUUACAUUUUCUGUCUUCCGUCUUGACGGUGUAUUCCUUGCAAGUUGACGUCUGUCGUCUUUAGUUCUAUAUGUUUCGGCCACCUGGAUCCAAAUUAAUAAUAUGUUUGUAUAUAUUUUGUACAUAUGGAUAAAAACAAUAAACUACUGGAUAAUAUAUGGUCAUUUAAAACACA